ACAGUGAACCGUCACCCUGUUACUAACUGGUAAGCUGAUCUACAGGCAGAAUACGCAGCCUGAUGUUUCCUGUAUCUUGUCUUCAUAAUUUGUGGGAUGUGAUGCAGGCAGCGAGUGCAGAUACAAGGGUGCCAGAGCCCACUCCAGAAGGUCUCAAGAGAAGCCGCCUAAACAUCGGGGUUCUUGAGGAGUUUGCCCAAAAUAUGGCCGAGAACAUAAUCCAGUCGUUUAUAAGCCAAAUGGACACGGUGGAACCCGAGGUGGAUGACCGGGCGUCCAGAUUCAAUCAGAAUCAGGAGAUGUUAGCUGAAGAGUUAGCCUCAGCAGUGGUUGAGGUUGCCCUGAAGGAAGUGUGCAGAGGUCGAAAUGUUCAGGAUCACCAUGAGGGAUUAAAGAUGGAUGGUCGACGGGCAAAAAAUCUGCUUUAUAUGAAUGAAUCUGACAGCAAGAGAUCCACAGAGAUGGAUCCAGACAAAGACAAAGACACCCAGCCCUGUCACCCACCUCUGUCCCAGUCAGGGCUCCCCGUCGUGGGAUCUCUCGACUACCCAGACGCCCCUCCAACUACUCCUCUCUUCCCUGAGCUUGAGAGGAGCAGACACAGCUUCGCCAGGAAGCUCAAAGGAGGCUUGGCAAAGGUUUUCCUGCCUUCGCCUCCUCCCCCAACCCCAAAGGACAUAGAGGGGGACUCAGACGGAGGCGACCCCCAAGCGGAGUUAAUGGAGCAUCUGAUGCACUCAUUGUCCACAGAUGAUUUGGCAAGAGACUACUGUGAAGUAGGACCUCAUAUUGGGGCCAAGAUGGAGGCUUUUGCGGAGGCUCUUUCAUGUGACAUCAUUGACUGGGUCUUGAGUAAUAAAAAUGGAGAGCAGAUGGGUGACGAUCUUCAUCUGUUGGCCCACAAACUGGCUGCAACCAUCAUCACAUCUUCCCUUGAUGAAGCUAAAAUGCUGGUCUAGUACUUAAUGUGACUAAUGAGAUCAUAUUUGUGAUGACUGGCCUGUAGACAAUGCACAAAAGAAGAAAAAUAUUGAUAUCCACCCACACGUUACCCUUCAGGCUGAUUGCCACCGCCUGACAUUCUCACUCAAGCGAGGUUUAUUGGAAUAAUAUUGUUCUGUAAUCUGAAGUUGGGUUUAUUUCUCAAUAAAGUUCAGUUAAAGCUCAUCCAGAUGAAGAGUUUGAUAGUGAAAUAUUACCUAUUUACUGCAAAAACUGAUCAGAGAUCCAACAAAAAGACAGUUGACUCGUAGUUUAAACAAAAUCUGGCACUUUUAAUGACGUGUGUAUCCUGGAAGCUGUAUAUUCUGGAUGCUGGAUGAUGAAUCUGGGGUUAUGGUUUUAGUCCAAGAUGGAUAAAGACUGCAUUGGCAGGAGACCUAUGAUGAUUUUGAAUGCAAUUUUGACUGAGAUCCAACUGCAAUAACCAUAAAUGUCCUGUAGAUAGCAUCACAGGAGCAAUGAUCUUUAGCAUGCGGUCAGUGAGGUUAGACUGAGUGAUUAUCUAUCAACAAGUGGAUUUAAUGCAGUUUCCCACUGGGGAAAAAGUGGUUAUGCUAUAAAUAUGUAUACCAGAUUGUUAAAGCUGUAUUUUUCUAUGUGCAUUGUUAUCAACUUGUUGUGUUUGUCUUGAUUAUGCUUUAUUAAUCAAUACCCCACCACAAACAAAUGGUGCAAGACGCCGCUUCAUGAGUGUGGUGCUGGAAAAUUAUUCGGUUAUUUCCCCUUAUAAUAGACGUAAGAAUCUUUAUAGAUUCAGUGAUUCAUUCAUCCCCUGGACUGAGCUGAAUAGUGGCAUUUGGGAUGAAGUUGUGUUUUGGCGCAUUUUCAUACUCACUUACUUACUGAAGUCAGAUCCGAGAGAAGAGGGAGCCAUGGUGCUUAACCAACACACUGAUGUGAUCCUGUAGAAAAAAAUGUUUUCUUUCCUCGCUUUUCUUUUU